AUGACGAGAAACGGUUCAAUAAUAUCCCCAUUUUAUUGUGGCUGUCUGGGGGUCAUUAUUCUAUUAUUGAGCGUCGUAAUUGGCACGAAUACCGUUAGCGCUGACUUUAAUCCAAGUAGUUUUAAGUCUGUGGAAGAUUGUAUCAAAGGGACGGGUUCUUAUAUCAUUUUAUCGAGUGACCCUGGUUACCAAGAUGCUCGUUCUGGUGAAAGAAUAAGAGUUCCUACUUUCCCAAAAGCAAUCAGUUAUCCAUCAAAUUCUAGUCAAGUUAGUUGGCUGGUAAAAUGCUCUACACACUUCAGUUUUCGGCCCGUGCCAAGAAAUGGUGGUCACAGUUCCGAAGGAUAUUCAUCAGUAAAUAACUCGGUUGUAAUUGAUAUUAGUUAUAUUGACUUUGUAUCGGUUGACAAUUCUACAAAGACUGCGUGGGUUGGUGGAGGAAUUCGUCUUGGUCCUUUAUAUUUGAAAUUAGAUCAAGCAGGUUUUACCAUUGUUUCUGGUCUUCACCCAACAAUCGGUCUAUCGGGUAUUAUUGCAUCAGGUGGAUGGGGGUUACAAUCUCGUAAAUAUGGUGUCACCGGUGACUUUGCAUACGAAGCAGAAGUAGUUACUGCCGAUGGAAACAUUCUUACAGUGAAUAAUAACUCUUAUAGCGAUUUAUUUUGGGCUUUACGUGGUGGUGGUGGAGGUACAUAUGGGAUUGUCACUGGAUGGAGAUUAAAUUUGAUUGACGCCUGGAAUAAUGUUACUGUCUGGCAUAUUGGAUAUCCAACUUCAUACGUUAAACAAGCAAUUACUGCAUGGACUAAAUGGGCAUGGAAAGAACGUAAUGACAUGACUUCAAUACUCACAAUUACUCAUGAUGGAUCCGGCACUUCUGAGCAUGAUUUUGGCGUAAAGAUACGUGGACAUUUCCUUGGCACUAUAGACGAAUUAUUAGCAAUUAUUGCGAAUAGUGGUGUCGACAAUAUCACCCAACUAGCAUGUGUUGAAUAUAUGAGCUGUAAUAAUAUGGGAUCACGUGCUUACUUCCUUGGUGACGACUACAAUUGUAGCAGAAUUGAUCUCUUCAAUAUUGGGGAUCAACCAUAUGCCUCUUACAACUAUUCGCUAAGCAUGGCAAGCUCGAUCGUCACUAACAAUUCUAUGACCACUACAUACUCUGUAACGUAUAAUGGGGGAGCUGGGACUGUUACCAAUGACACUAUUAGUGGCAUCCCAGCUGGCCCAAAGCAAAUUCGUGAACUUGAGAAAAGCAAAUCAAUGUACUUUAAUGUGGAAUUCACCGACGAUCAAUUAAACGUUAUUGUAGCACUUAUAAACGAUUUACCAUUUGGUGCUUUUGCGCAAUUUGAUUCUUAUGGAGGAAUAUUGGCCACCCAGGAUACUAAUUUUACAGCUUUCAGGCAUCGUAAAAAUACCGCUUUCCAUUUACAGAUUGGUGUUGCACUUACCGGGAAUAGUGCGAACGAUUCAGUGUUUUACGAAUGGAUUAAGAAAUGGGAUACUCAAGUGCGCAUCUUUUCGAAUGGAUUUUCAUAUGUGGUAAGUUAUAUUUUUGAAUAUCCGAGUUUAUAUGAACAUUCUUCGUCUGGUUCUUCCUCAUCCAGCGGAGGUACUGGAUCUGGCACUUCAUCUAGUGGUUCCGGAGGUGGCAAUGGUGGCACUUCUGGAAGUGGUACUUCGUCUAAUGGUUCCGGAGGUGGCAAUGGUGGCACUUCUGGAAGUGGUACUUCGUCUAAUGGUUCCGGGGGCUCUAAUGGAGGCAGUGCAUCUAGUGGUAAUGGUGGCACUUCUGGCGGUGGUACUUCAUCUAAUGGUUCCGGGGGUGGUAAUGGAGGCGGUGCAUCUGGUGGUAAUGGAGGCACCUCUGGAAGUGGUUCUUCGAGUGGCGGCAGCACUUCCACUUCCCAAAGUGCCUCAUAUAUAUACUUUGGCGAAAAUGCACCACGUUUAAACAUUAUUAAAGCCAAAUACGAUAGUCAGGGUGUUUUCACCAAUACAUUGGUGCAAGCGCUCACUGGAAAGGGUGAUUGCAAUUGCUCGGAUAAGAGUGGACCCGGAAUACGAUCAGAUGCUAUUACUACUGUGAAACCACCAUCAUAUUACUUGAUUACUUUUGCGUGGGCUAUUUCAUUGACGUUUUGUGUUUUUAAGAUGAAUCAAUAUACCAUGCCUUUUAAUGAAUAA